AUGAGGAUCCACAACACCAGCACAGCCUCACUCCCAGCUUUACUGCAGAAGGCAUUUAAAGUGUGGAUCUUCUCUUCUGAGAUGCUGUGGUUGUCAGAGAGGCCGCUCUCUCUGUGCUGCUGCCUGGUCAUAGGGCUGUGCUGCUGGGCUGAGGACACAUCACUCCCAGAAGGUUCUGGAGAAGGAGACUUUGAAGAAUGGGGAUCUGGAUCCUCGUUUCUCCAUUCGCUCAACAGUUUUCCAGCAGACAGUCCAUUUUUAACAGAGACACGAGGGAGCCAAGCUAACUGCACUCAGCGCUUUGUGCUGCCCUCUGCCCUCAGCCUCUGUGGGGACCAUGUAGCAGGACCAGAGGAGUUCCUCCAGUCCCGAAUGCUGCUUCUGCAGAACAGAGCAGCGCUGCAGGCCGUGUCUGACUCCAGUGGAGUGGAGGAGGGAGGUCCCUCGUAUGAACUCCAGGCCCAAGACGAGGUCCAGGCCAUCCACGCAGACCACCAGAGUGCAGGAGAAACAAUGCUGACCAUGGAAAAAGUCUUUGUGUCUUUGGAGGAGAAGAGAAGAGAGGGCACAGAAGACGGAGUCCUCACGAGCAUGAAGGAGCACCUCAUCAGCACCAGAACAGCCAUAGACGGCAGACGAGCCGUCGCAUCAAUCCUGGAAACAAAGUUUUCAAGUUUGGAACAAACUUUGAUGAAUACGCAGCUUCGAAUCAACAAACUCGUCCAGUAA